AUGAAAAGAACAAAAACAAGAAAAAAAGUAUUACCAAGCCUUGGCCAAAAUCUGAGUGAGGAUGGUGUAGAUAUAAAAAAAGAAUUACAAGAACUUAAUGAUCGCUCAGAUCUAAAUAAGGACAAUGUGAUUGAAAUGAUGAGUAAAAUUUUAUCUGUUAUGAAUUCACCAGAUGUGAAUUACCAGCAUCAUAAUGUUAUAGAUCUUGGCCUUCACGGUUGUACUUUAUUGCAUAUAGCAGCCAGAUUUGACUAUUAUAGAAUAGCAGGUUUGCUUAUAGAAGCAGGAGCAAAGGUCGACUCAAAAGAUAUGUUAGGGUGUACUCCUUUACACUAUGCUGCCAUGAACGGUGACAAUAUAGAAGUAGCAAAAGUCCUUAUUGCAAAUGGAGCAAAUGUCAAUGAACAGGAUAUAUAUAGAAGAAGACCUUUGUAUUAUGCACUUGACAAUGGUUAUCGAGAAGUUGCAAAGUUCCUAAUAUCUAAAGGUGCACAGAUAAAUAAUAAAGAAGUAUUACAAGCUCUCAAUGAUCGCCCAGACCUAAAUAAGGGCAAUGUGAUUAAAAUGAUGCAGAAAUAUAUACCACAUCUUGUGAAAGAUUCACCAGAUGUGAACUAUUCGCAUCACAAGAUUAUGUAUUAUGGCAGCUUUAAACCCAUUUUUAUUCAUUGUACUUUAUUACAUAUGGCAGCCGAAUAUAAUUGUCCUAGACUAGCAGGUUAUCUUAUAGAAAUAGGAGCGGAUGUUAACUUAAAAGAUGCACGUGAUCGCACUCCUUUACAAGUUGCAUUUGAAAAUGAUGAUCUAGAAACUGCAACGCUUUUAAUAGCUAACGGUGCAGAUCGAGCAUGUGUUCCGGCAUACAUUACUAAAAGAUCUCAUUCAGAAGGUGAAAUAAUUGCUAUCAUUACGGUGAUCUUGGCUGCUACAGUAACUGCAAUAGUUCUUGCUGAUAAAACUGAAUUAUCUGCAUUAGCAAUCACAGGAGCAACUAUAGCAUCCAUGCUUAUAGUGAGUGUUAUUGCCUACGGGCUUGCAUAUAUGUGGUCAAAAUAUACGCUCAAUAGCAUGUUAAAUCAAGUAAAAUGUGAUAACUCUCUUUCACCACAACCAACCAAGUAAAUUUUAUUUGAUUAAUUUUUUAAUAUAUGUAUUAUUAAUGUAAUAUAUAUGUUUUAAUUAGAAUGACAAUAGAACAAAGAUUACUAACCCUCAAUAGCAACCCAGAUCUCAAUGAAAAGAAUGUGAUUGAAUUGAUGUGUGAAAUUUUACAUAUUAUGAAUUCAUCAAAGGUGAACCAUCGGCAUCCUCAUAUUAUAGACCUCGGCUCUCACGUCUUUGCUCAAGGCUGUACUUUAUUACAUAUAGCAACUGCACUUAAUUGUGAUAGAAUAGCAGGUUUUCUCAUAGAAGCAGGGGAGGAUGUUAACUCAAAAGAUUGUUAUAAACGCACACCGUUACACUAUGCUGCCAUGUAUAACAGUGCAGAAGCAACAAAAGUCCUCCUUGACAAAAAAGCAGAUAUCUAUGCAUGGGAUUUUCUUCGUAACACCCCUUUACAACUUGCAAUUGCAAGAGACAGCCUAAAAGUUGCAAAGCUUCUAACAGAUGAAAGUAAAGAUCGAUCACUUAGGUACAAAAAAGAAAACGAUAUUGAUCUGUUCGUUAUGUCAGUUGCAGUUAUAGGAUUUGUGGUAACACUAGGCUCACUGAUAUAUGCCGCACCGUCUGCGAUCGAAGAAGAAGCAUGUCUACUCAUCUUUGGCAUAGUUUUAGCAUCACUGGCUAGUGCUGCUGUAUUUGGUGGUAUUACCUAUGGAAUUGCAUAUAUAUGGUCAAAACAUGAACUUAGUAGCACAUUAAAGGAAGUAAAACUAAAUGAUCACUCUCAGUCACAACAACCAACUAAGUAAACUUUAGUUGAUUAAUUUUUUAAUAUAUGUUACUAUAAUAACAAUAUAUUUUAAUGAGAGCUACAAUGACACAAUACAUAAAUAUGACCGCAAAGGAUCCGAAUGAGAAAGGCAUAAGACCUUCUGCGAAACAAAGAAAUAAACGUCAAAUUCUCUUUGGGGGGUAUAAAAACCUAUCCCAUGUGUGACUUUGCUUCUCUACAACGCUCUAAACAAGAAAAUUUUUAAAAAAUACGAAGAGAAAUCUUCCAAGCUAAGUUUCACGUUUUGCAGAAGGUCUAUAGAUAAAAGACUAAUAAAUACUGUAGAAAAGCUAAAAAUACUCAAUAGCAACAAAGAUCUAAAUGAGAAGAAUGUGAUUGAAUUGAUGAGUGAAUUUGUACCUCUCAUUACGAAAUCAUCAAAUGUGAACUACCAGUACAAUGAUUCUAUAGCUUUUGGCCUUUACACAUUUCCUGCAUUUUGUACUUUGUUACAUAUAGCAGCCAGAUUUAACUGUCCUAGAUUAGUAGAUUAUCUGACAAAAGCAGGAGCAGAUCCUAACUUACAAGAUAGAUCAUUGUGCACUCCUUUACAUUAUGCUGCUAUAAAUGGUAAUAUAGCAGUAGUAGAAGUCCUCACUGACAAUAGAGCAGAUGUCAAUGUACCUAAUCAAUGGAAAAAAACUCCAUUACAAUAUGCACUUGAAGAAGGCCAUCUAAAAAUUGCAGAGCUUCUGAUAAGGAAAGGCGCAGAUCGAAAAUGUGUUCCGGCAUACAUUAAUAAAAGAUCCCAAGAGAAAGGUAAAGUACCUGCUUUCAUUGUGGCAGGCAUAUCAGCUAUUGUAACUCAACAAGUCCUUUUUCAUAACACUGAAUUAUCUAAAUAUCCAAUAAUUGGGGCAAGUAUAGCAUCUAUGAUUUUAGCGGGUGGUAUUGCUUAUGGAAUCGCAUAUAUGUGGUCAAAACAUGUACUUAGUAGUACAUUAGAUAAAGUAAAAGUAGAUGAUGGAUUCUCAGCUGAGAAAUUUAAGUUAUAUAUUGAUUAA